GAAUUCAGAUGAAGUGUUACAGGAAGUUGCGCAUGACAACUAUUCAUGGUACAAUGGCGCCUCUAGAUUUGGAUAAAUACGCUGAGAUUGCUAAACAGUGUAAAUAUCUCCCAGAAAAUGACCUCAAGAGGUUAUGCGACUAUGUGUGUGAUCUUCUCCUGGAAGAAUCUAAUGUUCAGCCAGUUUCUACUCCUGUAACGGUGUGUGGAGACAUUCACGGACAGUUUUAUGAUCUUUGCGAGCUCUUCCGAACUGGCGGCCAGGUCCCCGACACAAAUUACAUCUUUAUGGGGGACUUUGUAGAUCGAGGAUAUUACAGCUUGGAGACAUUCACCUAUCUGCUGGUACUGAAAGCCAAAUGGCCUGACCGCAUCACUCUUCUACGUGGAAACCACGAGAGCAGGCAGAUCACCCAAGUUUAUGGUUUUUAUGAUGAGUGCCAGACCAAGUAUGGGAAUGCGAAUGCCUGGCGUUAUUGCACCAAAGUGUUUGAUAUGUUAACCGUUGCAGCUCUGAUGGACGAGCAGAUCCUGUGCGUCCACGGCGGCCUCUCUCCAGACAUAAAAACUCUUGACCAAAUUCGAACCAUCGAGCGGAACCAGGAGAUCCCCCAUAAAGGAGCUUUUUGUGACCUGGUGUGGUCAGACCCUGAGGACGUGGACACUUGGGCCAUCAGUCCCAGAGGAGCUGGCUGGCUUUUUGGUGCAAAGGUCACAAAUGAGUUUGUUCACAUCAACAACCUGAAGCUGAUCUGCAGGGCACAUCAGCUCGUCCAUGAAGGCUACAAGUUCAUGUUUGAUGAGAAGCUGGUAACAGUGUGGUCGGCUCCCAACUACUGCUACCGCUGCGGCAACAUUGCAUCCAUCAUGGUCUUCAAAGACGCUAGCACAAGAGAGCCAAAGCUCUUCAGAGCAGUGCCUGAUUCUGAAAGAGUCAUCCCACCCCGAACAACAACACCUUACUUCCUGUAAACACAUUAAGCUGUAGUAGCUAACAUUUGGUCAGUGCACAGAUACUGACUGGGACAGAGGCAUUUGUCAACCCUUAUGAAUUUUGUCCGUUGCAUUUAGAGUAUUUACAGUGUGUAUUGUGGUGCCAACUGUCAGUUGUUAUUCCUGCUCUGUGCAUUUAAUGCCAUUAUGCUGCAGCUUUAGUCACACUGACACAUAACAGCAAAGUAAGGUUGCCGAGCACCACCACUGUGCUGUUGUAUUAAAAGGACUGAAAUCAGAUGACCCUUUUAAAUGAUCAUAUUUAUAAAUCUUCAUCCUGCCGUACAAUUAAAGUUCAUCACAAAGCAAAAUUCACACACAGUGUUGUAUAGACUGAUCUAUUUUAUAUUGUAAGAUUACAUGAAGAGGUGGAUAUAAGAUGAAAACACUGCACAAGUUAGAAAUUCUUAAAUCUGACAAGUCCCAGUUAAACAGUCAUCGUUAUCUUAUAAAUAUAUAAACCUGAAAGUUGAUGUGUAAAAAUGUUCUCAUCUUUUUUGUUGUUACACAAUUCAGUUUCAUACAUCCUGUGGUACCUUAAAGAUUGUCUUUAAUGUCCAGGUUUGGAAGCACUUCUUCUGAGCAUUAUUUUUCUGUGUAUCUUUGUUUGUAAAUAAAGAAAAAAGGAAAAGUCA